AUGUCCGACAACGAGAGCACAACUCCCAAUACAGGAUUCCCGGCGCCUGUCCCUGAGCUGGAUGAUCACCGCCGCCAGUCAAUCUCCGCUCAAAGAGUUGAGCGACCUCGUCGAGGCACCUUUGACAGCCUCUACGGCGCUCGACAGGUCGAACAAGAGCCGGAGACGCCAGCCAUAUUUGUUCGUGACUUUGAAGAAGCCGUCAUUGAUGAAGAUGGCGCCGAUCUUAUGUCAGGGAACCGCCGUGGACGACGCCUUACCGCUGAGUCGAGCGAAAGCCGCUCUCUCUCUCCACCGAACUCUGUCAAGGCAUUUGCUCAGGCCAGACGAAGGGAGCGAGAAAUGUCAUUUUCGGACCCAAAAGCGGACUACGAAGAUAUCCUUGGUCUUGGACGAACUCUUUCCGUGUCCAGUCGCCGAAGCCACCGCAGCAGAUCUCGAGCCGUCGAGGCUGACACGGUGAGCCUUGGAAGCAACAAAACUGUCGAGGAGAGUGCCUGUGUGCCGGAGAAUGGUCACCAUAGACAGCACCAGCUUCGAAUCGACUUUGACUAUCUCGAGGAGUUUAUCGAAUCUGAGCGUCUUGCCCAUGAAGCCAACCGCAAGGCAUCCGUCACGUCUGCUUUCAAUGAUGUUCGCACGGAAGCUAGUGCACAGCAAAGAGUUCAACUUGCCACAUCUGAUGGUGACAUUAUUGAUAUGCCAUCCGACACAUCCUCAUCGACGCCCGAAAAGCCUGCCGCGGAAUUCACGUCUGUGCCCAAAGGCCAGCAGUAUGCCUUUGACAACAACCGUUUCAGCUUCUUCUCUUCUGCCUGGGAAUCUACGAUCCAUGCUGCUGAAUUUGGCGAUCUUGUCCUGCCCGGUGAAGAUAUCCGUGGUUUGUUUGAGCUUCCAAAGGACGAAGGCGACGGUGUAUGGUGGCUCAACAUAAACCGUGCGACAAAGGAGGAGGUUCUGAGCAUCUGCAAGGCUUUUGGUGUUCAUCCUCUCACCAUUGAAGACAUUGUCACGCAAGAAGCCCGAGAGAAAAUUGAGCUGUUCCCUUCAUACUACUUUGCCUGUUUCCGAUCCUUCAACAUGGUCGAGGAGCCGGACGGCAUCGAGUACGAGCCUUUCAACAUCUACACUUUGGUCUUCCGAGAGGGCACUCUGAGCUUUAGUUUUGCACCCAACUCGCAUGCAUCGCAUGUGAGACGGCGCAUCACCGCGCUCAAAGACUAUGUAGCCCUCAGCAGUGACUGGAUAUGCUACGCGUUGAUUGAUGACAUUGUCGAUUGCUUUGCACCUGUUAUCAACCAAAUCGAGACUGAAGCGGAUGCAAUCGAGGAUGAAGUCUUUAUCAUGAGACAUGAUGACUCAAACACAUUCCUUCGCUCGAUCGGACGGGUGCGCAAGAACUGCAUGGCACUGCUGCGCCUGCUCGGUGGCAAAGCAGACGUCCUUCGUGGCUUUACCAAGCGAUGCAAUGAGAAUUACCAGGUUACGCCACACAUGGAUAUCGGCAUGUAUCUUGGUGACAUUCAAGAUCACGUUGUGACCAUGGCAAAUAACUUGGGCCACUGCGAAAAGCUUCUUUCUCGCGCGCACAGCAAUUAUCUCGCCACACUGUCCAUCAACAACAUCUCCCAGGGAACUGACACCAACCGCGUUCUAAGCAAGAUCACCUUCCUUGCCUCGGUUCUGGUGCCGCUCAACCUGGUGAGCGGUAUGUUUGGUAUGAACGUGAGGGUCCCUUUCCAGAACGACAAGGUCGAAUCCCUGGGCCCGUUCUUUGGUAUCCUUAGCUUCAUGAUUGUUCUUUGCUCGCUCAUUUUGGGCACUCUGCGCCAGGUGUUCCUAGACGUACGACUCCCUUUCAACUUGGCCAUUAUCCUUCACAAGCGCGUACGACUUCUUUCACACCCAGACAUUGUGCAGCACAUCACGAGAACAAUGGACAACUUUGAAUCCUCCUCCCUUUCCCGCCUCAACGACGGCGACAAGGCCGAACUCCAGAAAUUCCUGGCGAACGAGCAGCAGCGCUCCUCGAUCCAGACCGAGACACACAAAUUGACGCAGACAUGCUGGAGGAAGUGUGUGACCAGCAGUAUCAAGGACUCGAAGCUCGACAGAUCGGAGGAGACAUGCCUCGCCAACUGCGUCGACCGAUUCUUGGACCUCAACCAUCUGACGAUAAAGCAUCUCAACAACAUGCGCUCUUAA